GCCCUUAGGGAAGCUGGGUCCCUGGCGCUGCCUCCCUCAUGCUCUUUUUCUGACUUUCUUUCAGGGUCUCCUUGUUUUCAGAAGCCCCUCAAGUUGCCCUCUUCACACCAUGCUGCGCCUGCUGCCAUGGCUCCGUGCCCUGAGCCAAGAGAGCGCACGGCCCUGUGUCCUGCAGAGGCUGGCUGCUAGUGACACGAGGGGGGCCAGGAUGUACCCGAGCUGCUCCUGUGCAGGGAAGGCCAAGCAGCGGGCUGUGCUGCUCCCCCUGGAUCCCUACAGCCACGGGCUGUUCCACAGCUUGCCCCCCGAUGCCGGCAGGACUCGAGGCCGUGGCAAGAGAAAGAGCUGGAGCUUCAUCCACGAGAAGAUGAGCUACGACACUUUCUUUACCAUGAAGCGGUUGAUAGAGCGGUCACAGAGUGUGGGGGAAGUGCUGCGCUGGGUCACCCAGAACCCCAGCAAGGUGUCCGCCAGCCACUACCCCAUUGCCCUGCAUAAACUGGGCCAGCUGCUGCAGCAGCCGCAGGGCCAGGCCGUGGUGAAUGGAGAGCACCGUGGACCCAACCAGGUGCUGGAGCAGCCAGAGUUCCAGGCUCUCUGCCAGGCCAUCAUCAGUGGGUGCUCCAAGUUCGAUAACUUCAGCAUCGUCAAUUGUCUAUACGCUGCCGCGGCCCUGGGCCUCCCUGGUGAGUCAGCCUUGGUGCAGGUGCUGGAGGAUGAGUCCCGGAGCCGUCUGGGGCGCUUCAACCAGAAGGACGUCUCCAUGGUGUUCAGCAGUGUGAUGCGGCUUCACCCAUCCAGCCCCCACCCCCUGGUGGAGUCCUGCCUCAGCAGCCUGGAGCGGCACCUGGAGAAAGAGCGCCACCCACAGACCCUCUUCCUCCUCCUCUCCUACUAUCGGCUCCGGGCCCAGGCGCUGCAGGGCCACCCAGCCUCUGACCAGCAGCUGCUCAACAACCGCAAGAUCCUGCGUCUGGUCAGGCACACGCUGGGGCAAGUGAGCGCCGUCCGUGAGCACGAGCUAGCCCUGCUGGAUGAGAUGUUGGCUCUGUGCGCUCAGGAGGCCAGCAAUAAGGCCCUGGAGGCCAUCUUCAGCUCGCAGCUCUUCUAUGAGAACCGCCAGGAGCGCUUCAUCCGCAGCAUGGCAGAGUGGCUCCCAAGGAAGGCCGAGAACCUCACCCCCUACACCAUGGCGCUGAUUGCCAAGUAUGUGGCCCGGCACAGGCUGCGUGAGCCACGCCUGCUCGACACCAUCGCCAUCUUCCUGCUGAAGCGUGGGGAGCAGCUGGAGAGCAAGGUGAUCCAGAAGCUGGUGUUUCCCUUCAGCCGCAUGAAUUACCGGCCAUCUAACCACAGCGAACUCUUCCCUAAGCUGGAGGCCAUCCUGGAGCAGAAGGCAGCCAGCUCACCCCUGGCCACUGUCAACAUCCUCAUGUCCAUGUUCCAGCUCAGGCACUUCCCCCAGGCUGUCCUGCACCAGGUUUUCUCCCCAGCCUUCAUCACCAAUGUCAUGAGCAGCCCCUAUGCGCUGAUCGUGCGCCGCUACCUCUCUCUGCUGGAUGCAGCAUUGGAGCUGGAGUUCCACGAUUACAGUGGCCCGCGCCUUGACCCACGCUACCGGGUCCUCAUGUUCGACCACGCCCUGACAGCUGACGAGGCCAACAGGAAAUACAGUUACAAGGGGCUGGUGGCUGAGGCCCUGAGGCAGCUGGUAGGAGAGGAGUGCUACCGGCAGGAUGAGGUGCUGCCCCCCGGAUACUGCACAGAUUUCCUGUUGUGGAUUAACCGCUCGGGCGUGGUCCUGCCUCUUGCCCAUGUCCCUGCAGCCUACAAGGUUACCUGUGCCCGCCCUGGGGUGCCCCCUGCUCCCAGCUGUCUGCGUUCCAGCGUCCUGGCCCUCACCGCUGACUUGCAGGACUUCGCACCAUUCACUCCGGAGGCACCCAGCAGCCCCAAGGGCCCCCGGGAAAGCAACCUCACUGGGCAUUUCCUGCCCACGCUCUGCCCUGCCCCAGGGGGCCCUUGCUUCCAGCCCCCAUCGGACUACUACUGCAGCCUGAGCAAAGAGCACUCGCUGGAGAGCCAAGGCAGCUCCACGCUCAGCAGCCCCUCGGAGUGCCUGGCCCCGCAGCCGGCCACCACUUCUGACUGCUCCCCCAGGGGCACCUCCACAGCCGUCCUCUUCCAGUUCCCUAUCAGCAAGAUCCUGGAGGAGGGGGAGGCAACAGCCGGUGGCCCGGGACCUGAUCGCAGGGGACAGCAGGCCCAGGAGGAGCUGGACAAGGGGAAGGCGGCCCCAGCCGAGGAGCCCUGUGCUCUGCCCAGCUCCAAGAGAGGGCCAAGCAAUGGGCUGCAGGGAGCUGAAGAGAUUCAGAGGGUGGUCCUCUCAGUCAAUGACAAGUGGCAUUACUGCCAGAACUCGGACAUCCUGGUGGGCUCGCGAGCCAUGAGGGACAGGCACUUGCAGCUGCUGGGCUAUUGCCUAGUUCAGCUAUAGAAUGACGUGAGGCUCACUAGCCUGCAUGGGCCAGGCCGUCUCUUCCCAGAGAUUCGCAAGUCACCAGCUCGCUGUAUUCAUCUGGCACCUAGUACUAUACCCUUUCCCUCAGCUGCUGGCUCGGUAAUUUCAGUGUCCUGAGGACUGGCCUAUCACGGAGCUCAGCCCAGCCCUUUACCAGUCCCUCCGCCUUGGACCUGGCAGUGGGAUGGGAGAGCUGUUCUGCAGUCCUCGUUUCACUAACGGCCGUCAGGGUGCCUGCCCCACCCCAUUGGGCUGGGAGCUGCCAGCUUGGUCCCAGGGUGAGGUCCCGUGGCACAGCUGUGACGCCAAGUGACAUAGCUUGUAGUCAGAUGGGGGCGCAGUGACCUUGUGUCUGUUGAUCCAGUGAGGGACAGGUGUGGCUGCUGUGUCCCAUAUGCUUGGGGGGCAGGGGGAGAAUCAGGCUGUGCAGUGGGGGGGCCCUCCCUUCUCUCCUGCCCAUGGAUUCUGCUCUGGCACAGGAGCUACCUGCAUUUUGAAAUGAUUCAUGUAGCCAAGGCCUCCAGGAGCCAGUUACGGUCAGGGAAGGAAGUGGAGAGCCAGGCCAGCGCUGGGCACCUGUAGCCAGUCCUCCAGGUAAACGCGUAGCUCCAGGGAGGGGCCAUUAGCUCACGUAUUGCACAGGCCAGCAGCACCCCCCACAAACCCCAACACCCAACCUAUGCUGUUGGGAGGAGACGACCACGCAGCCCGAGGAGGGGGGCUGGAGCUGCCUCCCUGGGACCAGGGUGGGGUGGGGAGCUGGGCUC